UAUUAACAAACCUGCUCUCGUUGCCCAUGAUUCAAUAGCAAAAAAUGCGGUUUGAGUCUCAUCUCUGAAUCCUGGGUUUGGCCUUCGACGAGUCCUGGCUCGGCAGCUGUCGGAAUUUGUCCUGCAUCACUGAUCCACCGCUUGGAGGCGUUCCAUUUGCCCACGCAUCCACCUUGGCUGGCAUACCGCUCCGGACGAAAACGUCCUGCCAGAACAUGAGUCCGCCCGAGCGCUCCUCGUCCGUCGCGGUCGAGGACGGCGGCAUUCGCAAGAAGAAGAUGCGCAAAGGCACGCAUAGUUGCUUCGAAUGUCGUCGGCGUAAGAUAAGAUGUAUAUUCACGCCAGAUAAUCCGUCCGUGUGUACCGAGUGCUUUGCUCGCGGUUCGAGAUGCAUAGAUCAGGAGUCGGCUGAUCCUGAUAUAAUCGUUGACCACAGAAAGAACCUGCGCGAGAGAGUUGCCCGUCUUGAAGCCCUCAUUGAGACCCUCGUCGAGGAUAAGUCGGAAAAGCAUGCCGCCGAAGCGCUUCGCAGCUUAGGCACUGCUGGACAUCUACCGCCCACUCCCAUUUCAGAAGAAGCACCCUCAGACAAUGGCAGCGCGCGUGUUCCGGUGAUGACACUCUUCGAUAAUGCUGUCCUGAGUAGGACGCCAACCACCAACUCUGGAUCUAUCUCUGCACCAACACCAUUAGGCAAGGGUGCUCCCACCACGAUACAAAAUGGGGCAAGUCUGAACUACACGUCUCCGCAUGUCGAUGGCAUUAAUGCCGCCGGCGCUCCGGGCAGGGUCAAGAGCGAACGUACUCGGCAGGCGCUGAUGUCUAUUCUGCCAUCUUAUUCCAAGCUGCUAUCCAUCUUGAAGUCCGAUCACCACACGUGGGCUAUGUUUCAAAGAAAGUGUCCGGGUACUCGUGGCAAUGCUACCAUCGAAGAGUUCACUGCUCGAGUCAUGGCCAGAGGGAGCCCCUGUGAGCUGGGACUGCUUGUUCUCCUCUAUGGAAAGUGUGAGGAAGGCGACCUCUUGGACCAAUGCACUGCUCUAGUUGACCGAUGGAUUCUGUCAGAUGACGAAUACAUGGGCACCUUGGAGGGACUGGAAUGUGUCAUCCUCAUGGGCAAGAUCUACAGCGAUAUUGGCCAGGCAAGAAAGUCUUGGUUAGCCUUCCGAAGAGGCCUCACCUUUGCUCAGCUCAUGGGCCUGCAUCGUAACCAUUCCAUGUCGAUUCCCCAUGAGAGCAUCUGGUGGAGUCUCUAUGGUGCAGAUCGUCUGACGAGCCUGAUGCUCGGCAUGCCAUAUGGCAUUCCGGAUAGCCAUUGUAACAUGAGCCACCUACCCAGUGAUGACCCUGCCGUAAUGGGUUUUAUGCAGUUUUUCACUAAAAUAUCGUAUUUCGCCGGUAAAGUAAUCGAUCGCUCGCAGGGAAUGUCAGAAUCAUCAUAUUCGUCUGCAUUGGAUCUUGAGCAAGAGCUCAACGAUUAUGCGGCCCAGAUGCCACAGGAAUUUUGGCAAGUGCAGCCCUUGGUAGACUGCGAGGACGCCAACAUCGCGUAUGGAUGGCAGGAACAGUUGCUUGGCCAGAUCGCUUUCCAUCAGAUCAAGGCAUAUCUGCACAUGCCUUUCAUGCUGAAAGCGCCAAAUCAGCCUGGAUACGAGCCAAGUCGACGUGCUUGCAUCGACGGCUCACGAGAGAUCUUGAGGAUAUACCACAUGCUCCGAGCCGAAGGCACGCCCCUUUACGAGUGCAAAGCGAUCGACUUCAUCGCCUUCACGGCCUGCAUUCUGCUCGUGCUUGGCGUCCUCGGCUAUGGCCGUACCGCUAACCACGAUCCGAAAGCCGACGAGCGCGACUGGGUUCUCAUUGAGCACUCUAUGGAGAUCUUUCGCCGGGCGUCGUCCGAAAAGGGAGGCAAAGUGGCCGCGCAAAGCUACCAAGCACUCGAGCAGCUGCACCAGCUCAAGAACGACGAUUCGAACACCGUCCCCACGGAAGCGAACACGACGACCAAAAUCGUCAUUCCCUUCUUCGGCACCAUCUCUGUGCAGCGGGGCCAAAAUUACAGACACAACACCGCUGCCUCCACCACCCAAAAUACGCCCCAGUCGCAAGCAAUGACCACGCCCGCCACGCCGGACUACAACAAGGUCCACGAUCAGUCUUCGGCGACGUAUAGCUCCAUGGACCCGCAGGUCAUGUUCGAUGGACUCUACCAGUUCCCGUCAUCGUUUGGUCAGCAGCAGUCGUCCUCCUUGGAUCCCCAGCUCACCUCCGGUGCCGCGGGCGAUGAUUCCAUCGCCGGCUUUGGAAGCUCGAACACUGGGAUGGUCUGGCCGAACAACUGGGGCACCAUGGAUCUGGACCAAGACUGGAGCUGGCUCAUGACAGACAAUGUCGCUGCAGGAUCAAGCUCGUUCGGCAUGCCUUGAUGAUGGCCAGGGUCUUUUUUUCGCUACUUCAUCUUCUAUCUAGACCGCUCACUUUUCACAGUCUAAACAUGUACCAUAUGCGACAGAACAGCUGGCAUUGUAUUUGAAGCCCAUGACGGAGUGCGGAAAGACGAGGCUCGAUGGAGAUGUUCACGUCAAAAACGGGUGUGGCACGGUUUAUUGCUUUAUGAAAGAACGUAGGGCAGUUUCAUAGCUCCGCUCGUUCCCUCUUGAUCAGUCUCGAAAAGAAAAGCACUAAAAAGUCCGACGAAGAUGCGAGACCCAAGACGUUCCAAAACGAAAAACCAGCCACACUAUUUGUGUAGAAUAUGUGACGACAAACG